AGUCACUUUGUUUACACAACACCUAUCUGGUGAUUUGAUAUCUUACCUGCUGCAUUUUUCAGAAAACUGGGCGUAGUAGGGACUAAAGCCAAUUUGAAGUGGUGGAUACAUUGUACGUGUGACAUUCUGAAAGAUCAUUUGACUCCACUCCUCGACAUCAUACGAUGUCGUCAGAAAUCCUCCCAGAGGUGGGCGCACCGGAAGACUGUCUAGCGAUGAUUUCGCCAGAUGACAUCGAGACGAUCCGAACUCUCUUCCAGCAGCGGCCUGAUUUGUGGGAUGAUUUCAAGACCCUGACUGAAGUUGUGGACUGUCUGAACGAACACGUGACAGAUUACCAGAAAGUACACGGUUUGUUAAAUAGAAUCUUUGGCAGCACCAGUGUAAAUUUAAACAAAGGGAUAGAAGAGUUCUCUCGCUUUGCCGCCGCCGUACAGUUUGCAGAGAAAGGUGUGGAGUUUAUGAGGCAGACGAUGACAAAGAAAGGGCUAACGUACAUCACACAGUUCACUUUCCCGCACCCGGAUGUCGAAAGAAGUUGUUUAUAUAUGUUAAGAUUCAUGUUUCAUAAUUACUCAUGCUAUAGCAAGGAGUUUGCCACAAGACUUGCAAAGACAGGUGUGCUGCAGGACUUGAUGGAAGAUCUGAAGCACAUGAAGGAUCAGUCAGCUGAGCGUUUGGAGAAAGGUGAAGCUUUCAAAUCGGUCAUAGCUAUCGUACUCAACUGCUGUCGAACCUCUGAUGGUCUGGCCAUCGUUAUGGCAAUGAAUAUAAAGGAAGAACUCAAACCUUUUCUUUCCAAAGAUGAUCUUGAUAUUCAAACACUCGCACUCUGCACCCUCAGUUUCCUCGUUGAGGACCAUGAACUAGACCUGCUGAAAGUCGACAAAUCUCUGAUGCAAUAUUGUGUCCAGUGUAUCUACGGGGCUGCAGACUCAAAAAGAAAAAGUCAUAAUGGAUGGUUGAUGGAAGAACUCCUAGCCCUCUUAUCGAGACUCGUCAGGAAUGAUUCAAACAAGCGUCUGAUUUUACGAACUGGUGGGUUGAAAAUGCUGGGCAUGGUGCUUGAAACAAGGACGGAAGUGGAGCAAGCGAAUGCGAUUAAGCUUCUUAAUAAGCUUGCAGUAGAAACAGAAGGCAAACUAAUGAUGCAGGCAGAUGCCAGUCUUUUGACGACUCUUUCAAAACUAGAAUCGGAUGAGAACAAACCAUUUCGCGAACAGGCAGCUGACCUUCUAAAGACAAUCCACAAAAUAAGCGUUACACCAGGCCAGCAAGAAAUACUAACACUUCUAAAGGACCGAGUGAACGCGCUGGCCAUCCUUGACACCAGUGAGGUCGGCUUUGUGCUCUGUCAGCUUCAGAUCCUCGCCACUGGAGGUCGCCACAGUCACGGGGAUUUCUCCGCCAUUCAGCUUCUAGAAGUCUUGUCACUCUUCGUCAAGGGAAACAAACAGGGCCAGCAGAUAACAGCUCAAGGACUGGAUACGCUGUGCUGCUACCUGAGGAAAGGUGAGGAUGCAGAGAAAAGACUGGUGCUUGGUAUCGUCCUGGAUGUGGUGUCCGACACAGAGGCUCUCAGAUUUGUAAAGAAUCACUCAGGUUUUGUUUCAUUGCUGGAUGGACUCCGAGCUUCGGAAAAUGAAGAGCUUUCUCAAAAGGCUAAUCUCAUCUUAUGUGCUAUUGACCAGAAAAUCUAGAAACUUGUCGUGUCUGAAGUAUAAUACUCAGUGAUAUUUGUAAGUUAGUGCACAAUAUUAAUGUCAAAGACAGUUACAUUUGGUGCACGCAGCAAACCACCGAACAACUAUUCUCUUUUUCAGUUUACAGAACAUAGAAAUAUUGUUCUCUUCAUAUUGCGGGUUAAUAUGCAUUCUUAGUUUUAAGAAUUGUUUUAUGCAAUUACUUAUAUGGUUGUUGUUUUACUGUAUAAUAGAUAUGGCUUUUCUAAUUUAACCACAGUAACCUGCACUCGCUGAUGCGCUCUUUCUUCUGUGACUGUGAUAAUGCGCGUGAUAAAAUUUACGAAGCAAAUAAUUUUAAUUAUUUGUGGUUACUCUCUAUUUCAUAUAAAAACUUUUAUUUAUUCUGUUUAAAAUGUAUUCAUAAAACUUUUCUUCAUUACAUAUUUUAAAAUCUGUGUAAACAGGUAAAGACUCAAUAUUUUGCUGUGUUUGCAGUGCCUCUUGUAAUGAUCUACCCUUUUUUCUACAUUUUUCAUCGGCAUUUGGUUUGACUGUUUACCUACCAAUGGCUUUUUAUUUAUUCCUCUGCUUAUAUCAGCUCUCUCUCAUCGACGUUAGACCUCUCUGGCUUUCUUCAUUUUUACAAGUUGUCCCUGGGAUAGACAUUACAUCAGUACAAAACAGUCAUGAGUUUCGACAUUGUACUGCAAUUUCUCCUUUGUGAUCACACAAUUUUUUGUCAGCAUGUUUGAUUAUUGAGCAAAACAUAUGUACAGUCGUUGAAUGAUAGUUUUCCUUGUUCGAUAACAUUUCAUCUUAAAAGAGUAGAAAGAGAGACGCCUUAAGAGUGUUUUCAAUACAGACUUACGAGCAUUUGUCUUUCUUGGGCUUCACGGGAGGCCAGUAGUUCGCCACGCGCCGGCGGCUGAGCUCUAGUCAGCAAACAGUGGAGCGUGGCAAACUUCAGAGGCCAUGUUUACAGAGCGGAAUGCGAGCAGUCUGGGUUAGAGUGACGUGUUAAUGGUUUCCUGCGCCGACGUGCCCUCUAGUGGCGGCCGUGGAUUGAGGGACCUGCGUUGUCACACUUUGAUUCUGAUAAGGCUAGUUGUGAAGCUUAAUUUUUUUAAUUCCUACUUUCUGUACUAUGGUGUUAUCAUUUUUUGUUUUUAAUGUUCAGAUUUUUUUUUUUUUUUGGGGGGGGGU